AUGUCAGACAACCCAUCUUUUGUGCUAAAGGCUAUUGAGGAGGUGGUUUACGAACAGAGACCUAUCCCCGAGAUUAGUGACGAUGAGGUGCUAGUCGAAGUCAAGAAAACAGGAAUAUGUGGAUCAGAUGUGCAUUACUUGGUUCACGGUCGUAUCGGCGACUUCGUUGUCGUUGAUCCUAUGGUUCUCGGGCACGAGUCAGCUGGCGUUAUCUCGAAAGUUGGUUCCAAUGUUAAGCACGUCAAGCCAGGCGACAGAGUGGCCAUGGAACCUGGGGCUACAUGCAAGAAAUGCGAGGCGUGUAAAGCUGGACGGUACGAGCUUUGUCCCGACAUAAUAUUCGCUGCUACCCCUCCGUAUGACGGUACUCUGGCGCGCUACUAUCGCCUCCCAGGAGAUCUAGCGUACCCACUUCCCGACGGCGUCUCUCUCGAAGACGGUGCCAUGAUGGAACCUCUCUCCGUCGCUGUACACUCAGUCUCCACGUUAGGAGCUUUCCGCACCAACCAGAGCAUCAUAGUAUUUGGAUGCGGGCCCGUGGGGCUCUUGUGCAUGGCUGUCGCUCGUGCACUAGGUGCGAAGCGUGUUAUUGGUGUAGAUAUUGUCCAGGCUCGAUUGGACUUCGCCAAGAACUACGCGGCCACAGAUAUUUACCUCCCAGUCAAGAUGGUCGAAGGGGAAUCUCGUCCCGAAUACAGCAGGCGGAACGCAGAAGAGAUGAAGAAGCAGUUGAACCUCCAAGAUCGAGGCCCAAACGGUAUUGAUCUCGUCCUCGACGCCAGUGGGGCUGAAGUUUCGAUCCAAACUGGCUUCUUCGUUGCAAAGACUGGUGGCACUUUCGUCCAGGUUGGCAUGGGUAAUCCAGAUGUCACCAUCAACCUCUCGAUGCUUAUGACGAAGGAACUUGUCUACAAAGGUUCCUUCCGAUACGGGCCGGGAUCAUAUCCUCUCGCAAUCGCCCUUGUCGCACAAGGUAAAGUUGAUUUGAAGCCAUUGGUUACACACAGGCCAGUGUUCGCUUUCGAUGAUGCUAUUGCAGCAUUCAAGGCGACACGCGCCGGGAAGAGUGAAGAUGGUAAAGGAGUCAUCAAGGCGAUUAUUUCUGGUCCUGGAGUAUCCCCUGAUGCUGCAUAA